ACACUGUUGCCUGUGUUCAUAAACUGCUCAGGGACGAAAUGCAUUCCGACUUCCUCCUCCCGGGGCUCGUGGCGCCCUCCCUGACGACGGAAGAGAAUUGGCUCUCCGCAGCCACUGUCGGCCUGGUAAGGUCGGUCCAAUCAAGGCUCCGCGGGAAGGGGCGGGACUGAGAGGCGCGCGCUCGGGCUGCUUUCGGAGUGUCUACUGGGAACAAUUUCGGCAUGGAGGAAAUUUAUGCUAAGUUUGUGUCUCAGAAAAUCAGCAAAACCCGCUGGCGACCGGUACCUUCGGGGAGUCUGCAGACCGCGGAGACCUUCGCUACGGGCUCUUGGGACAAUGAGGAAAAUUAUGUUUCACUGUGGUCUAUCGGAGAUUUGGGGAACUUGGACUCUGAUGGAGGAUUUGAAGGAGACCAUCAGUUGUUAUGCGGUAGCAGGCACUAUGGCGAUGUUAUGGAUUUACAAUUUUUUGAUCAGGAAAGAAUUGUCGCUGCUUCAUCAACAGGAUGUGUAACAGUGUUCCUUCACCAUCCAAAUAAUCAGACGCUGACAGCCUGCCAGCAGUGGGCCACAGCUCACUACCACACGGGUCCAGGCAGUCCUUCCUGGAGCUGCGCGCCAUGCACGGGGGUGGUGUGCAACAACCCAGAGAUUGUCACAGUUGGAGAAGAUGGUCGAAUAAACCUCUUCAGAGUUGAUCACAAGGAAGCUGUGAGAACUAUAGACAAUGCAGACAGCAGUACACUCCAUGCUGUAACCUUCCUUCGAACUCCUGAGAUUCUUACAGUCAAUUCAAUUGGACAGUUAAAAAUAUGGGAUUUCAGACAACAAGGAAAUGAGCCCUCUCAGAUAUUAUCACUGACCGGUGACCGAGUGCCACUCCACUGCGUUGACAGACAUCCCAACCAACAGCAUGUUGUAGCUACGGGCGGCCAAGAUGGAAUGCUGAGUAUUUGGGAUGUUCGACAAGGUACUAUGCCUGUGUCUCUACUGAAGGCUCAUGAAGCUGAAAUGUGGGAAGUUCACUUUCACCCAUCCAACCCAGAUCAUUUAUUUACCUGUUCUGAGGAUGGGUCCCUCUGGCAUUGGGAUGCCUCCACAGACGUGCCUGAAAAAUCAUCACUGUUUCACCAAGGAGGAAGAAAUAGUACCUUUUUGUCUCACAGCAUCAGUAACCAGGCCAGUGUUCACCAGUCUCUCAUAAGCUCCUGGCUCAGCACUGACCCUGCGAAAGACCGCAUUGAGAUCACGAGCUUGCUUCCCAACAGGACUUUGUCUGUGAACAGUUUGGAUGUUUUAGGUCCUUGUCUUGUGUGUGGAACCGAUGCCGAAGCCAUUUAUGUUACUAGGCAACUUUUUUCAUGAAAAGAUUUUAAUUGCAAGAUUUCAGGU